AUGCGGACCGAAACUGGAUAUAGAUCUCUCUUGAGAGUCAAAGACAGAACAUGUCAAUUACAGUGGCUAAUGCUAGCAGCAAACCAUGGUCUCUCAUUGCUUAUCCUCAAACAACAAGGUAUCACUUCACUACAGUUCCAGUCUCUGAAGGAAAUCAGUGCGGGCAACAUCUACAUCACUGACAACAGCAACCUGUGUUAUUACCACACCAUCAACUGGACAACACUGUUCAGCACCGUUAACCAGAGGAUAGUGAUCCGAGACAACAGGAGGGCUGAGAACUGUACUGCUGAAGGGAUGGUGUGUAACCACCUGUGUUCCAAUGAUGGUUGUUGGGGACCUGGGCCAGACCAGUGUCUGUCAUGUCGGCGCUUCAGCAGGGGAAAGAUCUGUAUAGAGUCCUGCAACCUUUAUGAUGGGGAGUUUCGAGAGUUUGAAAACGGCUCCAUCUGUGUUGAGUGUGACUCCCAGUGUGAGAAAAUGGAAGAUGGACUCCUCACGUGCCAUGGACCGGGACCUGACAACUGUACAAAGUGUUCUCAUUUUAAAGAUGGUCCAAACUGUGUAGAGAAAUGUCCAGAUGGCCUACAGGGAGCAAACAGUUUCAUAUUUAAGUACGCGGAUCAGGAUCGGGAGUGCCACCCUUGCCAUCCAAACUGCACCCAGGGGUGUAACGGUCCCACUAGUCAUGACUGCAUUUACUACCCAUGGACGGGCCAUUCCACUUUACCACAACAUGCUAGAACUCCACUGAUUGCAGCCGGAGUCAUUGGAGGGCUCUUCAUCCUGGUCAUCAUGGCUCUGACAUUUGCCGUUUAUGUCAGAAGGAAGAGCAUCAAAAAGAAACGCGCUUUGAGGAGAUUCCUGGAGACAGAGCUAGUUGAGCCCUUAACCCCUAGCGGCACAGCACCCAAUCAAGCUCAACUUCGAAUUUUGAAGGAAACAGAGCUAAAGAGGGUAAAAGUCCUUGGCUCGGGAGCAUUUGGAACCGUUUAUAAAGGUAUCUGGGUGCCUGAAGGUGAAACUGUGAAAAUCCCUGUGGCUAUUAAGAUCCUCAAUGAGACAACUGGCCCCAAAGCCAAUGUGGAGUUCAUGGAUGAGGCACUGAUCAUGGCAAGUGUGGACCACCCACACUUAGUGCGUUUACUGGGUGUAUGUCUGAGCCCCACUAUCCAGUUGGUUACUCAGUUGAUGCCACAUGGCUGCCUACUGGAAUACGUCCACGAACACAAGGAUAACAUCGGAUCACAGCUGCUGUUGAACUGGUGUGUUCAGAUUGCUAAGGGAAUGAUGUAUCUGGAGGAAAGGCGGCUUGUUCAUCGGGAUCUGGCAGCCCGCAAUGUGUUGGUGAAAUCUCCAAAUCAUGUUAAAAUCACAGACUUCGGACUGGCCCGGCUCUUGGAAGGAGAUGGAAAAGAAUACAAUGCUGACGGUGGCAAGAUGCCAAUUAAAUGGAUGGCUCUGGAAUGUAUACAUUAUAGGAAAUUCACACAUCAAAGCGAUGUUUGGAGCUACGGUGUCACUAUAUGGGAACUGAUGACCUUUGGAGGAAAGCCCUAUGAUGGAAUUCCAACGCGAGAAAUCCCUGACUUAUUAGAGAAGGGAGAGCGUUUGCCUCAACCUCCCAUCUGCACUAUUGACGUUUACAUGGUCAUGGUCAAAUGUUGGAUGAUCGAUGCUGACAGCAGACCUAAAUUCAAAGAACUGGCUGCUGAGUUUUCAAGGAUGGCUAGAGACCCUCAAAGAUACCUAGUCAUUCAGGGGGAUGAUCGUAUGAAGCUUCCCAGUCCAAACGACAGCAAAUUCUUCCAGAAUCUCUUGGAUGAAGAGGAUUUGGAAGAUAUGAUGGAUGCUGAGGAAUAUUUGGUCCCCCAGGCUUUCAAUAUCCCACCUCCUAUCUACACAUCCAGAACAAGAAUUGACUCCAAUAGGAGUGAAAUUGGACACAGCCCUCCUCCUGCCUACACCCCCAUGUCGGGAAAUCAGUUUGUGUACCAGGAUGGGGGCUUCGCUACACAACAAGGAAUGCCCAUGCCCUACCGAGCCACAACCAGCACCAUACCAGAGGCUCCAGUCGCCCAGGGUGCAACGGCUGAGAUGUUUGAUGACUCGUGCUGUAAUGGUACCCUGCGAAAGCCGGUGGCACCCCAUGUCCAAGAGGACAGUAGCACUCAGAGGUAUAGUGCCGACCCCACAGUGUUCGCCCCAGAACGGAACCCUCGAGCAGAACUGGAUGAAGAAGGCUACAUGACUCCCAUGCAUGACAAGCCAAAACAAGAAUAUCUGAAUCCUGUGGAAGAGAACCCUUUUGUGUCCCGGAGGAAGAAUGGAGACCUUCAAGCUUUAGAUAAUCCGGAGUAUCACAGCGCUUCCAGCGGUCCCCCCAAGGCGGAGGAUGAGUAUGUGAAUGAGCCCCUUUAUCUCAACACCUUCACCAACGCCUUGGGAAAUGCAGAGUACAUGAAAAACAGCUUACUGUCUGUGCCAGAGAAGGCCAAGAAAGCAUUUGACAACCCCGACUACUGGAACCACAGCCUGCCACCCCGGAGCACUCUUCAGCACCCAGACUACCUGCAGGAAUACAGCACAAAAUAUUUUUAUAAACAGAAUGGACGGAUCCGCCCUAUUGUGGCAGAGAAUCCUGAGUAUCUCUCAGAGUUCACGCUGAAGCCAGGCACUAUGCUGCCCCCUCCGCCCUACAGACACCGGAAUACUGUGGUGUGAGCUCAGCUAGAGUGUCAGGUGGAGAAACACACGCCCGCUCCAUUUCCCUUCUCCCUCCUCUUUCUCUGGCAGUCUUCCUUCUCCCAAGGCCAGUAGUUUUGACACUUCCGAGUGGAAGCCUUAGAGACGCAAUGAUAGUUCCGUGCUUACCUAACUUGAAUAUUAGAAGGAAAGACUGAAAGAGAAAGACAGAGGGGCACACCCUGUUUCUUCAUUUCUUCAUAUGGGUUGGUUAACAGAGUGUCUGUCAGAGCUAGAGAAGGUCUAGGAAGUGUAAGGCAAUACCAAUACCGCCUGCUGUCAAAGAGCCCCAUCUUUGUUCUCUUUGCACUCUGCACUCUCUCCCUCCUUCUCUCCCUGUCCCCAUCCCCCUUUAAUCUAUCAAUGCUGGUGAUGAUUGGAAGCCCAGACUCUGUUCUAAUCUGUAGCCAUAGUCUUGUGUAUAUUCAAGCAUCCCUGAAAUCAUUCUAAGGCUUCCAUUAGAACAAUAAGAUAAGCACUUGGACACCAUUUGAUAGUAACUGAGAUUGAGAAGCCAAUUUCUUUCUCCAAUAGUUUCUUUCUUGGCAAGUAAGAAUGGCCAAUCCAGCUUUUGUGAAUUUUAAAUCUCCAUUAUAGUUAUAACUGGUAAUUAUGCUUGGAAGGCAUCUCUGUGUACUUCUUUUCAAUUUUGGUUUGCUUUGGCCUAUUCCUUUAUACCAGUUGCUCCCCUUUUGGCUGCAGUUUCUAAUUGUAAAGAGGUUUACAUAAAGGCCUCUUGACAGACUUCAAACAAAAAAAUAUGAUACGAUGUAGAGAUUGUUAUUUUAAAUCAUUCAGUCCUUAAAACUAGAAAAGAAAACCAAGAUAGUAGUAAAAAAUAGUAUCAAAACUAGAUCUCAUGUUUCACACUACUGAGUUUCGUCUUCCCUUUCGUUUUCAUUCUUUCCUAUUUUAUUCUUCCCCCAGAAUGAUUGACAAGGCAGUGGGAAUCUUAGGCGUAGAGGGGAUGCUAAGAAACAGUUCUGUGUGGUUCACAAAACUACUGAAACUUUCAGGGGUGGUCCCGUGGGGGAUCCAUGCAGUGGAAGAAACACUGGAUUGGGUACGUCUACAUGGAAGGUACUCAGAAAUGUAGUUUGCACUUAAGCUAUAAUUUUAUUUGUUCUUUUUCUGAACACCACUUUGGAUUUUUGAAUGAAGCAAUAUGGAAGCAACCAGCAGAUUAACUAAUUUAAGUACUUCAUUUU